AUGUCCAAGGCGAUCGCAAUUAUUGCCGGAGCGGGUUCCGGAACCGGCAGUGCCGUCGCGCGUCGCUUUGCCCAAGUCUAUCCCGUGGUCCUCCUUUCACGCUCACAAGGGUCGCUAGACCCCUUGUUGAAAGAGAUCCGAGAAAGCGGCGGUUCCGCGACAGGAUUCCCCACCGACGUGACAAAUGCUUCGAGUAUGAAUGCGACCAUUGACCAAAUCAAGGCCAAAUUUGGAAGUGACAUUACGGUCGCGGCGGCGAUCUACAACGUCGCGAGCAAAUUCCUGAUGAAGCCUUUCCUGGAGCAAAGCCCCGAGGAUUUCUUUGGCAGCUUGGAGCCGUCAAACAGGGGUGCAUUCAAUUUCGCCCAAGCCACUUUACCCUUGAUGCUGAAUGGGGAUAAGGGGCAGUACCCACCCACGCUUAUCUUCACCGGUGCUACCGCUGCACUCAAGGGUGGCUCGGGACUUUCUGCGUUUGCGAUGAGUAAGUUUGGAACUCGCGCAUUGUCUCAGUCUCUGGCGCGGGAGUUUGGACCUAAGGGCGUUCAUGUUUCUCAUGCCAUUAUUGAUGGUAUCAUCAAUACGAUGAAGACCAAGGGUUACGGCCAGGAUAUUCCUGAUGCCAAAAUUGAUCCCGAGGGAAUUGCGGAUUCUUAUUGGUUCUUGCAUACCCAGCCCAGAAGUGCAUUCACGCAGGAGAUCGACCUCCGACCGUAUGUAGAGAAGUGGUAA